UUCCUCUACCCCUGCCUCCUGCUCCCCUCCCUCCCAACCACCCUGCAGGGUCCUCAGCUCCAAGUCUUCUCCUCCCAGCUUGCUCGGCUCUGCCAGCUCCCAGAGGACAGCAGGUCAUUUUGGGUCCAAUAAGGCAUGAUGACCCAAAACAAGGUGACCGUGAACGGAGUUGAUGUGGUCUCUACGCUGUCCCAGCCCACCCACAUUGAUAUCCACAUCCACCAGGAAUCGGCCUUGACACAGCUGCUGAAAGCUGGGGCUUCCCUGAAGCAGUUCAUUUCACGCCCUCGGGAUACUGGGCCUUCUGGGGCCAGGAUAAACAAUGCUCAGCUGGCUCUGGGGGUGACCCAGAUAUUGCUGGGGGUUGUGAGCUGUACUCUCGGAGUGUGUCUCUACUUUGGGCCUGGGACCGGGUCGGAGCUGCGGGCCUCUGGCUGUGCCUUCUGGGCAGGCUGUGUGGCCAUCAUAGCCGGAGCUGGGGCCAUCGCCCAUGAGAAGUACCCGGGCAAACUCUCCGGCUGUGUGUCAGGCCUGCUCAUCCUUGCGUGUAUUGCCACAGCAGUGGCUGCGACUGUCCUCUGUGUGACUAGCUUGGUCUGGCAAACCAAUGGCUCCUCCGUCACGGAGAUCAACUCUCUGUGCGAUGGUCUCAACACAACCACUAGUUACAGAUACAAGUGGAGGAGCUACAACGACAAAUGGAGGGAGGAGAGGUGCAGGAAUUACAUGGAGAAGAUGAUGAAAAUGUUCUUAGCGUUCUGUUCCCUGCUUGCAGCUGUCUGUAUCCUGAAGAUCAUCUUGGCUUUGGCUUCCCUGGGACUGUGUCUCCGGAGUGUGUGUGUCCAGAGCUCCCAGCCCCUGGAGGAGGAAGGGUCAGAUAAGAAGCUCCUGGGGGAGGUUCCCUCCGUCUCCAAGGAGAAGACCCCAACUGUGGUCAUCUUUUGAGCAGCCUGGCCUGGGGCUCUGCAUGUCCCUGUCCGGAGCACCCUGGGCCCACAGGGAGAUGGUGACUGUCCCUGGGCCACAGGCGUCCCUCUUGCCUCUGCUGCAGCCGCUGUGCUGCCCUUCUGCAGCCCUCUCUCCCCGCCUUUCCUCCACCACGCUCUUCCAGUGUCCUGGUCCCACGAAGAGGUCUCGUCACAUUGGAGGAAGCUGAUUGAAAUAAAAAACAACCAGAAAAGGAA